CUUUUUUUUGUCCUCUCUUAUUGUCAACUAUGUCCAAAGCAAAUAAUGUGAAUGGAAAUCUAAUGGAGAAGAGAAAUAAUAGUAGUAACAAAGAGUCACAGAAAUCAUUGUUGAACCACCAAAGAUUUUUCCCCAAACACCACAACAAAGUGCACCCAAUUAAGCUUCAGAGAAGCUCUUCUCCAUCUCCAUCGUUGUUGUCAUCACAAAACUCAGAUGAUUCUUUGUCCCUACUUGAUGAGAAUAUUUCAUUGACUCUGCAUUUGGCUUCUCCAUACCAAAGAAUGGUAAUUAAUGAACAUGAAGUUCAGCUAAGUCCACCACAACAGAUCAAUAAGAAUGAAUCUGGUGAAUUGAAAAGGUGCAACUGGAUCACAAACAACUGUGCUUGUGCAGAUAAGGCUUACAUAGAAUUUCAUGACGUGUGGUGGGGAGUUCCAACCUAUGAUGACAACAAAUUGUUCGAGCUGCUUGUAAUGUCGGGGUUGCUGAUGGAUUACAAUUGGACAGAAAUUCUGAAAAGAAGGGAAAUUCUUAGAGCAGUUUUUGGUGGAUUUGAUCCUAAUAUUGUUGCCAAGAUGGAGGAGACCGAAAUCAGGGAGAUAGCUUCAAACAAAGCAACUUUCUCAGCGGAAUGCAGAGUUAGGUGCAUUGUAGACAAUGCCAAAUGCAUCAUCAAGAUUGUGAAGGAACGUGGAUCAUUCAGUAGUUACAUAUGGGGUUAUGUAAAUCACAAGCCAUUAAACAACAAAUAUAAAUUGCCAAGAGAUGUUCCACCAAGGACUCCCAAAGCAGAUACGAUAAGCAAGGAUCUCAUAAAGCGAGGAUUCAGAUUCUUGAGUCCAGUCAUAGUCUACUCUUUCAUGCAGGCUGCAGGGUUAACCAACGAUCAUCUUUUGGAUUGUUAUAGACACAAUCAAUGUGUAAGGCUAGCAGAAAGAUCUUGGAGACAUAUUUAAAUUAAGUUGGAACUUUUACUUUAUUGUUUAAUUAUUUUGAAUUUUAUUAUAAGGUAUAUAUUAAUAAGUUUUCCAAACGUGUAGCAUGAAAGAUACAUUGUUUUGUUUGCUGGAUUUUAUUGGGCUUCAUAUAUAGGGUC